AUGGCGUCCAGCGCUGUACGCAAAGUUCAGGAGAAGAUAUUCGGCAAAGGCAGCGGGUCGCAAGCUGCUGUCGACCCAGACAGCCCACAGGCGUUCCCCAGCCCCCAGGAACGCGUCGAAUCCACAACACCGUUGAAAAUUAGCAUACCCAAACCACAGGCAUCGCCUACGCCACCACCCAGGAAGACGACGGACUCCUCGCCCAAGGUUGUUCACGGAAGAGAUGCUGACAUCGUUGAUGAUGCUGACGCCGCUGCAUCCCCGCCGCCUGUGCAACCUUAUCGGGAACGCCUCAGGCAGACCCUUGGGCACGAGUACAAAAGCGCAGAGAAAUAUCGCCUAGAGUGUGACGAUAAUCGCGAGAAACACUGGAAGCGGUGGGGACCCUAUCUCAGCGAUCGGCAGUGGGCGACUGUCAGAGAGGACUAUUCCGCCGAUGGCGAUGCAUGGAGCCACUUCCCUCAUGCGCAUGCGCGAUCCCGCGCGUACAGGUGGGGCGAGGACGGCAUUGCGGGGAUAUCAGACAACCAUCAGCGGUUGUGCUUUGCACUCUCGCUGUGGAAUGGCGAGGACCCCAUCCUCAAGGAGCGUCUUUUUGGCGUGACUGGACACCAGGGGAACCAUGGUGAAGACGUCAAAGAGCUUUACUACUAUCUCGACUCAACCCCGACCCACUCAUACAUGAAAUUUCUGUACAAGUACCCGCAAAGGCGAUAUCCAUACGAACAGCUUGUCGAAGAAAAUCAACGGCGAGGGCGCGAUGUGGGAGAGUAUGAAAUUCUGGAUACGGACGCGUUUGAUGACGAUCGAUACUGGGAUGUCUUCGUUGAGUACGCGAAAGACGAGGACGAACCGGACAAUGUCUAUAUCCGCAUCACUGCGUACAAUCGUGGACCCGAUCCCGCCACCUUGCAUAUAAUCCCACAACUCUGGUUCCCUAACACUUGGUCAUGGCCCAUAGAGAAACCACCAAUGCCCAGCCUUUCAGGUUCUAUUCGUGGUGCGGACAACAUCCGCUGCGUAACAGCACGCCAUCCAGGUCUAGGCAAGACCUACUUAUACUGCCUUCCAUCGCCGCCUCCAGUAGGGCCGACUGACGACUUCGAGGUUGAUCCUGAGAUCGACAUAGUCCAGCCCGAACUGUUAUUUACCGAGAACAACACGAACUUCAGCAGGUUGUACGGCGGGACGAACGAAACGCCGUACGUGAAAGACGCAUUCCACGACCACAUUAUCCCAUCGCACCGGCCUCCUUCAUCCGAUUCGCAACCUGAAGGUUUCUUCUCCCCUCGUAUCCGCUCUAGGACCGCGUCGUCGUUCGGCAAUGAGCGUCCGGAUGUCCCAGAGGAGGGUCCUUGCACACCAUUCCCUUUGACGCCCUCCUUCGUCAACCCCGACCAGAAGGGAACCAAAGCAGGAGCGCACUACACCUUCGCAGACGUACCGGCCCACGGCGGCUGCGCUGUGGUGCGUCUCAAGCUCACGCCCUCGCGGAUCGGAAAGGAUAUCAGCCUUGAAGACGAAGUCAUGUUCGAUGACGCUGUCGAGGAGCGAAGGCAGGAAGCCGACGAGUUUUACAAUUCACUUGUCUACGGGCCGAUGACGGAGGAUUUGAAGCAGAUCAUGCGACAAGCGUUUGGAGGCAUGCUGUGGACGAAGCAGUAUUAUCGCUUCAUACAAAAGGAGUGGUUGGAGGGUGACCCAGCCCAACCCCCGCCUCCGCCGAAUAGGAAGUGGAUCAGGAACAAGGAGUGGAGGCAUAUGCAUAUUGAGGACAUCCUGUCGAUGCCUGACAAAUGGGAGUAUCCGUUCUUCGCGGCUUGGGACACCGCGUUCCACUGCAUACCGCUGGCCGUCGUCGAUCCAGCCUUUGCAAAGAAGCAGUUGGAUUUGCUCACCAGGGAAUGGUACAUGAAACCCGAUGGACAGAUCCCUGCGUACGAGUGGAACUUCAGCGACGUCAACCCUCCCGUACACGCAUGGGCGACUUUCCGUAUCUUCAAGAUAGAGCGGAAAAUCCACGGAAGAGAAGAUUUGGCGUUCUUAGAGCGGGUUUUCCAGAAAUUGUUGCUGAACUUCACAUGGUGGGUCAACCGAAAGGAUCAAGGAGGUCACAACGUUUUCGAAGGCGGGUUCCUUGGUCUCGAUAACAUCGGUGCAUUCAAUCGUUCAGAACCACUUCCGACUGGGGGUACGCUUCGACAAGCUGAUGGGACUGCAUGGAUGGCAUUCUAUUGUCUGAACAUGUUGAGCAUUGCACUUGAAUUGGCCAAGCACAAUCCUGUGUAUGAGGAUAUUGCUUCGAAAUUCUUUGAGCACUUCAUCUUUAUCGCCGACGCUAUGACGUACACGGACGGAGAGCGCGAAUGCUCGCUCUGGAACGAAUCUGAUGGGAUGUACUACGAUGCCAUUGUCUUCGGGUCGGGGCAUACGAUGCAGCUCCCCGUCCGGAGUCUCGUUGGAUUGAUCCCGUUGUACGGGACGCUCGUCCUAGAGCCUGCCGUGCUGAAUCGCUUCCCUGGAUUCAAGAAGCGAAUGGAGUGGUUCAUUGAUAAUCGACCGGAGGUAUCAAAGAGGAACAUGGCAAACAUGAAAGUCGGCGGCAAAGAACAGAGAAGACUUCUGGCCCUCGCUAGCAAGGAGAGGUUGGUUAAAAUUCUUGAGAGAAUGUUAGAUGAAACGGAGUUCUUGAGUCAACAUGGGAUCCGAUCCCUGUCAAAACUGCAUCAACAACACCCCUGGGGAAUGGAUGUUCACGGACACCGCUACGAGGUACCGUACUGGCCAGGCGACUCACUCUCCGGGAUGUUCGGCGGAAAUUCGAACUGGAGAGGACCGAUUUGGCUUGCUACGAAUUUCCUCCUUAUCGAGAGUCUUCAACGUUUCUAUCAAUACUAUGGUGACGAUCUCCAGGUCGAAUGUCCAACAGGAAGCGGGGACUUCAUGAACCUUGUCGGCGUUGCGGAGGAGAUUCAACAUAGGAUUAUCCAUAUCUUCCGACGCGAUGUGGACGGCCGUCGGGCAACAAAUGGAGGGAACGCAAAACUAGACUUCGACCCUCAUUUCCGCGACUACGUUUGGUUCUACGAGUUCUUCCACGCCGACACUGGUAAAGGGUUGGGGGCAUCGCAUCAGACUGGUUGGUCCGGUUUGGUCGCGUACCACAUCCUCCAAAGUGGUGUGAGCUGUCGACUCCCCAAGACACCGAGAACCCCUCGUUCCGUCCUACGGCACUACUUUGAUGACACGAUCGACUCUCGUUCCGAGUUUGGCGACGAUGCGAAGUCCGCAAGUGCUUUCAGCAUGGCGAGCAACUUUAACGACUGGGAGAUGAAUACACUUGGGGAUUUGUCGCCCGAUGCGCUUUGA